AUGGCAGGCAAAAAACGAGGAGAAGCCCAGUUGCAGGCCAUCAUCACUAAUCAAAGCCUGUGGGAUGAGAUGAUGCUGAACAAAGGUCUAACAGUGAUUGACGUUUACCAAGCCUGGUGUGGACCUUGCAAAGCAAUGCAAACGUUAUUCAGAAAAUUGAAAAAUGAGCUGAACGAAGAUGAAAUUCUGCAUUUUGCUGUUGCAGAAGCUGAUAACAUUGUGACUUUGCAGCCAUUUAGAGAUAAAUGUGAACCUGUUUUUCUCUUUAGUCUUAAUGGCAAAAUUAUUUCAAAGGUUAAAGGUGCAAAUGCACCACUUGUUAAUGAAAAAGUUAUGCAGCUCAUCAAUGAGGAAAAGAAAAUUGCAGUGGGUGAAAUGAAUCGCCCUCAGUACCAUGAAAUUAUGCUUGCAGACUCAGAUACAGAAGAUGCUGGGGAAGUACAAGAUGAAAGUGCAGAGGAACAAUAUAAUAUUGCUAUUAUCAAACCAGAUGCUGUGCUUAGUGGAAAAGUUCACGAAAUUAAAGAAAAGAUUACAAAGGCAGGAUUUGUCAUAGAAGCAGAGGAUAAAAGAAGGCUCACUGAAGACAACAUUCGGAACUUCUAUAGUCGAAUAGCAGACCAGCCUGACUUUGAAGAUUUUGUCUCAUUUAUGAAAACUGCCAUAAGUUAUAUUCUAGUUGUAUCUCAAGGAAAUAAAAAACUGGCUCACUUUGAAGAAUCUGAAUCUGAACCAGGGACCCAACCUGGAGGACCAUCUGAAGACCACCAUGAAGUCAAAGAUAAGGUCACAUCUAAAGAGGUGACAAAAAGGGACAGUUUACCAGAAUAUCUGGAGAGACAACAUAUAUCUCAGUUUUGUGAUGUUGAAGAUAAUGCAAUUAAUGUUGACAAGUUCAUUGAUACCUUUUUUCCUGAUUUUAAAAAAAUGAAAAGUAUGAAAUUGGAAAAGAUACUGGCAUUAAUUAGACCAAGCCUCUUUAAAGAAAAUAAAGGUAAGAAAGAAAGUGUUUUGGAAAUUAUUGAAAAAGAAGGCUUUAAAAUACUGAUGCAAAGACAAAUAGUAUUAUCGAAAGAAGAAGCACAAACAUUCUGCAAGGAUUAUGAAAAGGAAGACUAUUUUGAGAAUCUUAUAGAAAACAUGACCAGUGGCCCAUCUUUAGUCCUUGUUUUACUAGGAGAUAAUGGUUUGAAACACUGGAAAGAAUUACUGGGACCAAAGUCUGUUGAAGAAGCCAGAGAAUAUGCUCCAGAGAGCUUAUGUGCCCAGUUUGCAAGGGAAAAUUUGCCUAUCAAUCAAUUGUAUGGAAGUGAUUCACUGGAAACUGCUGAAAAGGAAAUACAGUAUUUCUUUCCUCCUCAAAGCACUUUAGCACUGAUUAAACCUCAUGUAUCUUAUGAAAACAGAGAUGAUAUCUUGAAGAUUAUUAAAGAGGCUGGAUUUGAGGUGAAACAUAUGAAGGAAAUACUCCUAACUAAAGAGUUAGCAGACUGCAUUUAUCUAAAUAUAAGAAACAAGGACUUUUAUAAAGAUGUAUUGCAAAUUUUAUUUGAAGGCCCAUGUCUGCUUCUGGUCCUGGCAAAGUGGAAUGCUGUUUCAGAAUGGAGAAGAUUGAUGGGACCCACAGACCCAGAAGAAGCAAGGCUACUCUCCCCAGACUCCAUACGAGCCCAUUUUGGAACCAGUAUCUUGCACAAUGCUGUCCAUGGAGCAUCCAGUGCCAUUUCAGCAGAAGAGACCAUUAGAAAACUGUUUGGAGAGCUAGAUUCUGAGAAUCUUGAGGAAAACUAA